CCGCCACCAUGAGGGAGAUCGUGCACAUCCAGGCCGGCCAGUGCGGCAACCAGAUCGGCGCCAAGUUCUGGGAGGUCAUCAGUGACGAGCACGGCAUCGACCCCACGGGCACCUACCACGGGGACAGCGACCUGCAGCUCGACCGCAUCAGCGUCUACUACAACGAGGCCACCGGGGGCAAGUACGUCCCGCGCGCCAUCCUGGUGGACCUGGAGCCGGGCACCAUGGACUCGGUGCGAUCGGGGCCCUUCGGGCAGAUCUUCCGGCCGGACAACUUCGUCUUCGGUGAGUGGCACCAAGGCAGCCCCAAGGGGUCCUCAAGGUGGCCUCGUGGUGGCUGCCGGGGUGGCCGCAAGGCCUUCCUCCACUGGUACACGGGCGAGGGCAUGGACGAGAUGGAGUUCACCGAGGCCGAGAGCAACAUGAACGACCUGGUCUCCGAGUACCAGCAGUACCAGGACGCCACGGCCGAGGAGGAGGAGGACUUCGGCGAGGAGGCCGAAGAGGAGGCGUGAGGGGCCCCCCGUGCUUCGUGGCCGCAGAGGCCUUGUCCAUCAUCACCAUCAUCRUCGUCGUCGUCGCCGGAGAACCUUGUCCAUCAUCAUUGUCGUCAACAGAGAACCCUAGACCUUCGUCAUUGCCAGGAACCCUAGACCUUCGUCAUCGUCACCAGAGAACCCUUGGCCUUCAUCGUUGCUGGGGAACCCUUGUCCAGCAUCGCUGUCACCAGAGAGCCCUCAUCCUCCGUCUGUGUCAAUGGAGACCCUUGUCCAUCAUCAUCAUCGACGGAGAACCCUAGCCCAUCAUCAUUGUCAACAGAGAAUCCUCAUCCCUCCUCAAGUGUCAAUGGAGACCCYUAGACCUUCAUCACUGUCACCAGAGAACCCUUGUCCGUUGUCAACAUCGCUGGAGAACCCUAGACCUUCAUCAUCAUCACCGCAGAAUCCUUGGCCUUUGUCACCGCCGGAGACCCCUCGUCCAUCAUCAUCGUCACCGAAGAGCCCUCGUCCUUCCUCUGCGUCGAUGGAAACCCCUUGGCCUUCAUCAUGUCACCAGAGAACCCUGAUCCUCACUGAAGAUGAUGAAGACCUCCCACUGAUCUUCACUGCCACAGAUCAUGCGCUCAUAAAGAGCCCUUGACCUUCAUCAUCAUCACAGAAGAACCCAUCGACGAGAGCCCUCGUCCCUCCCUUGGUGUCAGUGGAGACCCCUGGACCAUCAUCAUGGUCACUGGAGAGCCCUCGUCCUUCGUCGGCACCUGAGGACCUUCCU